CAACAAAGGACGGCUAUCCACACUCGGCAAGAAAAGUCGGCGGCACAGACUAGCACUUGGCGCGGAUCAAAGUAUCGCCGGAAUCCGACUUCUUUUUCCCUGCGCCUUGCAUUUGUAGUAAACCGAACAGUAUGUUGAUCUCGAAAACUAAAACUACAUAUUUAUCCAUCUUCACGACUCUUGAUUGCCUGGAACAAUCUCAUAUCACGGUCGCCUACCCAUGUCGCUCCUCCUCGAAUAAAUAACUUUACAGAUUAUCCGCCAAAACUACUUGGUUUUCUGCCACUGCCCUUCGACUACGACUGCGCUCACCAUGUACAACCCUUAUCAAGCGCCAGGGCAAUAUGGGGCUCCAGGCGACUACGGCAGUGUUUCUGGUGCACCGCCGGGGAUGGCACCACCACCUGGUAUGACCGCUCCAGGCACAGGCGAUCCUCCCGGAAUGCAGCAGCAAGAAGCUCACCAACCAGGCAGACCUGGCUCUUUCCCAUCCAAUUUCCAGCCCCCUCCGAAUAUGCCCAAUAUCAAUUUCUCUGCACCCGUGAUUCGACUAGGCACAUCGGGCCCGACAAAACCUGAAAGUGGUCGAGAUGAGAGGGAUAAUAGAGGUGGAAGAAGAGGAGGCCUAGGCUCUGGGAUGGGCUCAGAAUUUCGAGGCGGCGACCGAGACCGAAUCACGCAGGUUCAACCACAGACGAAGGAAGAAAUCAUAAAGACCAUCUUUGUCGGCGGCAUCACUGAAGGGACAGGUGGCGAUGAGGGCAUUGAGCGCAUCCUUAGAUCCGCUGGAAGUUUGCGACGCUGGAUCCGAGCCACAGAUGCAGACAACAAACCUUGCAAGUUUGGGUUCGCGGAGUACGAAGAUCCUGAAAGCCUCGGAACCGCCAUAGAAGUCCUAAGAGACGUUGAAGUUCCUGUCAAGCGACAAACUCCUCAAGAGACAAACGGCGAUGAAGAGCCAAGUGUCGAGAUGUCGAAGCUAACUGUCGUCGCCGACGACAAUUCUUUAAGCUAUAUCGAGCAAUACGAAGAGUCUGUGGGGGGAAAAGUUCCAGAGCAAGCUCAGAUGCGACUUGAUCAUGCUCGAGAUGCAUUGGCUGCGGUGUUAAAGGACCUUACCAACCCAACAGCACCUGUUCAGAAGGACGAGAUGUCGAACAUCGACAAAGAAGGCGACGUCAACAUGGUUGAUGGCCAGAUCGAGGGAGCCAAUGGGGAUGUUGUCACCAUUCCAAUCAACGUCGAUGAUGAAUUGUCUGAUAUCCCUGCCGAGAUGCGUGAGACUGUCGCCAGAGAGAUUGCCGCUUUUCGAGACCGCAGUAAUCGUCGUGAUCUUGAGCGGCUCAAAAGAGAAGAGGAGAUUGAACAGCAGGAGCGAAAUCGCAUGAUGAACGGCGAUCGAUACAAUCGUCUUGCUUCGCCCCCGCCAAGUGCUCCAUCAGGGCCGGCUGGUGCUAAUGGCAUCCCGGUCGGGCCAAGAGGGGCACCAGCUGGUCCAAAAGGAUAUGGUUCUCAGAUACCUAAGGACUAUCAAAAAGGAGUCAUAUUUGUGAAUGGCACUGCAAUCAAUGGUGCCUCCGCCUUUGAAGACGAGGACACCGACGCUAGUGACGAGGAACUCGAACGACGGCGACAAGCAAAGAAGGAUGCGGAGCUCGAGAAGCAGUAUCUUGACCAAGAACGACGGUGGCUGAAUCGAGAAAGAUCGCGGACCGCAGCUGUGGAGCGAGAAAAGACGCGAGACAAGGACGACUCGACACGUAUUGAUGCUGCGAAAGAGGCCAUGGCCAAGCGCCUGCGAGAGUGGAACGAUGAUAUCGAGUCAUCACGCAAAACGGAAGAAUACUAUGCAGACAAGAGUCUCUGGAUUCGCAACAGAGCGAGCUUCCGGCAGCGCGAGACGGCGAACGACGAGGCUGACCGGGCAGCUGAGCACCGCGAGCGGGCGAGACAGAAUCAGCAACGUGAGCGUGCGGGUGCCAUGACAGACGACUUCCUCAACCGACAAGAAGAGGAAAUGAGCCGGCGAGAGCAAGAAGAAGACGAACGACAACAAACAACUCGUCGAGAACCUGCCCGCUUCAAGCUGUCAUUGGGUGCGGCGGCCCAAAAGGUUGCUGCACAAACGGCACAACAAGCCACCAAGCGGACUGUCGCAGAAGUGGAAGGCCUUUUGGAGGACGAAGAGGAGGACUCCAAAGCUGGCAGCAGACGAACACUUAUUCCUAUCCAGUACGAUGCUUCUACUACGUCAACCAUGACCGAAGAGGAGCGCGCUCAAGCGGCUAGACAACUCGCGGCGGAUAUUCCAAACGACAAAGAGGGCCUUUGGAACUGGGAUGUCAAGUGGGAUUUUGUGGAUGAAAGUGUGAUUGAUGAGCGAUUGAAGCCUUUCGUUGAGAAGAAGAUCGUCGAAUAUCUCGGUGUCCAGGAACAGAUGCUCGUUGAUUAUGUGGUGAAUGCUCUACAGUCAAGAGGCAAACCACAGGAUCUGGUUGGUGAACUGGAAGGAGCUCUGGACGAAGAAGCGGAAGUGUUGGUCCGCAAGUUAUGGCGUAUGCUCAUUUUCUUUUCCGAAUCCGAGAAGCGAGGACUUGCACCGUGAAAUUGCUGAAUGGUGUUGGUGGUUCCAAACCUAGCAGGUGCCUACAACAGGGUCCUGUUCCUAAAGAACCAGCCCCACCAGUCAGUCGUAUGGAGUGUACAUGACUGUGUUUACCAUCUGUACAAUAUUACUUUGAAGAUGAUCUGGCCUGCUGUACUCUGAUGAAGAAGUGAUCACGGCUAAUCCCCGGCAGCUGGUCGUGGACAAUGGAUUGUCAACACGGGCCCGUCACUACGUUUAGCGGCAGACAGAUGCCGAUGUGGGUGUUGGGAUGAGCAGCCAGUAUUACGAAGUAAGGGAUCCAGGCCAAUUCAUCUUCGAUUCCACCUAUCAUCGCUUUGAAUCUCUGAAGUAUGAUAUAGCUAAGGACAAAUGAAGUUGCC